GUGCCGGUAGGCAAGAUGUCGGGUUCCAAGUAUAAGCCUGCUCCCUUGGCCACUCUCCCCAGUACUCUCGACCCGGCUGAGUAUGACUUGUCUCCGGAGACCCGAAAGGCGCAGAUCGAGCGCUCGAGCAUAAGGGCCCGGCUAAAACGGGAGUAUCUGCUUCAGUACAACGACCCCAAACGCCAAACGCUCAUCGAAGAUCCUGCCUUGCUUCGUUGGACCUAUGCAAGAUCAGCAAAUGUUUAUCCUAAUUUCAGACCCACUCCCAAGAACUCACUUAUAGGAGCUGUGGCGGCACUUGGGCCCCUCAUCUUCUGGUUUUAUGUUUUCAAAACAGACAGGGACAGAAAGGAAAGACUUAUCCAGGAAGGAAAAUUGGACCGAAAAUUUAACAUCUCCUAUUAAGCUUGGCAAGGAUGACUCUAUACUUCCAUAAAUAAACCUUCUAUUAAGCACUGAA